AUGGAAGCCUCACUGGGUAAUGGCGAAAUGCCAAACCAGAACCCUAUCAAUCCAAGAAGUAACGUGAUUCUGGUUCCGUCGUCUUCAUCGCCGGUGUGGCCCACCAUUGACGGCCCACUGGGGCUCUCUGAGGAAGACUCUGUGAGUUACGCGCGUAGAUUCUACAAGUUUGGGUUCGCUCUGCUCCCCUGGCUUUGGGCCCUCAACUGCUUCUACUUCUGGCCCGCUCUCCGCCACUCCCGCUCCUUCCCUCGCACUCACCACUAUGUUUUGAGAUCAGCAGUUGGGCUCACGGUAUUUACUGUUCUUCUUGCAUCAUGGGCACUUACGUUUGUCAUCGGAGGGGAGCGCCUGUUCGGACAUGCUUGGGAUCAACUGGUGAUGUACAAUCUUGCUGACAGGCUAGGCUUGACAGGUUGGAGCUAA